CCCUGCCGGGCUGGGGCUUCAUGGCAGCACCCGGCAGCGUCUCGGCUGCUUUUCAGGAGUACCUGCAGCACCUGGGGCUGCAGGACUUCCCCUGUGGCCUCGGCAGCUGGAACAAAUCCUGCCUCAAUGCCCGCAGGAGGUCCCGGGCACAGCCAGCAGGGCUGGAGGAGGCCGUGCCAGCGGGAGAGGAGACCCCUGAGGCGCUGCUGGAGCUGCUGAGAGACCAGCACAGCCCCUGGGCACUGCCCCCCGACUGCAGCCCCCAGGAGCGGCUCCUGCGGGAAGUGGCCGUGCUGGCACCCGAGCUCCUCCAUGGCUCCAGAGUCUUCCAGGUUGUCAAGUCCCUGCGGAUACUCGACAAGGGGCCUCCUGAGGAUGUUGUGCUAAUCCGUGUCACCCAGAUGUCACACGCAUCAAGACAUGUCCAUGUCACCUUGGCCACGAGGUGCCUCAGGGACAAGUUGGCCAAACCCAGCUCUUUGCAGGUGGAGGAGGUGGAUGAGGGUGUGCUGUGGUUCCAGCAGCUGGAGGAGCUCGUCCUCAGUGCCAACCACAUCAGGACAGUAACCUCGGCCCAUCUGCCCCGGACUCUGAAGGUCCUGGAGCUCUGCUACAAUGCUGUGGGUGAUCUGCAGGACCUGUGUGCUCAGCCACCCCCGGAGCUCCAGCACUUGGGGCUGGGCUACAACCAGCUGUGUGGCCCUUCCCAGGAAAAGCACUUCACUGUGGAUUUCUGGCCAAACCUUGUCUCCCUUGACCUGAGCUUUAACAGCCUCACAGACCUGCUGGGGCUGGUCUCCCAGCUGUCCACUCUGCAGAACCUCCGCAUCCUGGUGCUCCAAGGGAACCCACUGGCUCUCAUCCCCACUUACAGAGGCUUCCUCUUGGACAGCCUGCCCAAGCUGUCCAUCCUCGAUGACAUCCACAUAUGGCCUGAAGAGAGGCAGCAGUUCCAUGGGCUGGCAAGGCAGCCAGAGCUGAUCAGGAGUGAAGCACGAGUGGUUGUGAGCAUUGGGGACAUGAAGGGACUCCCUAACCCUGAAGCUUUUCAGCAGCUGGAGGUUGGCUCCGAGGGUCCGGUGAUCACCUACAGCUACUGUGUGACCUACCAGUUUGCAGGAGGAGAGGAGCUCAAGGACAAGGGCAGUCCUGAGGGAACAAAAAUCCACCAGAGUCCCACAGUGGCCAUGCUGGAUGUGGACAGCUCUGCUCAAGACACAGGAGAAACAAAAAGCCAUCAGAAACCUGCAGCCACAGAGGAGCCCAAGGCCCACUCUGCAAGGGUGUUUGCCACCCCUGGUCAGCCCUGGGCAGACACCAUCGACUGCAGCUACAGGAAGGAACACAUUACCAGGGACUUGGUGGGGCUGAAGUCCUACCUGGAGGCUGGAACGAUUGUCUCAGUUGUGGAGGAGAAGGUGCUCUCAUGGCCUGUGGAUCCAGAAGAAAACGCUGUCACAAAUAAGAAGGAAGGACAGGAGCUGAAGAAGAACAGUGCAAAGGACAAGCAGAAGAAGAAGAAGCAGUCAUGUGAAUUCCGCAGCGACCCUCCCAUUCGGAGCACCCUGGGCACCACGAGGGUGACCUUGGAGACCCUGCUGGCCACCGAGGACCUGGUGGCAACUGUGUGUGACUUUGGGAUCCUGAUCCCUGAGGAACCACCAGUUCUGGAGGAGAAGGAGGUAAAAAAAGGCAAAGACAAGACCAAAAAACCCAAAGCAGAGAAAGGAAACGGGACCAGCCAGAAAACCGCGUCUUCCAAAGGAAAAGGAAAAAACAAAGAUACUGCUGAAGUAGAGGAGGGUCAAGAUCUCCAGCCGGUGCCGCUGACAGUUCAAUUCCAGAUGCAGCUGCUUCGAUGGCCCUUGGCAGCCAGCACCCAGAGGCAGGAGAACGUGGCCAGGGCAGUGGGGAAGACUCAGUGAUGUGUCCAUAGCAGAAGCAUGAGUGGAAAUAAACCACACGGGAGCGCUGCGUGGAGCUGAACCGCCAGAGCUGGGAGAUA